CUGAUCAAAUCACGUUUUAGUUUGCAAGUCACAUUCGUCCGUCGAUUAGCUCAGGUAACAAAGGUUUCGCUUGAGAGCCAGAGCGAAAAUGGAGCAAUUUCUUGAAAUACUUGAAAGACGUUACAAAUACUCGAAAGGACCUUUUCAGAAUUCCAUCAUUCUGAUGAUUAUUUAUGGAUUCGAGGAGUUUAUUAGAACCCAAUUUCUCAGAUGUCCUUGUACGAGUUACUUCAUGUACAGCCUCGUUAUGAUGGUGGGUCCCGCCCUGUUCCUCCUGGGCCUCGGUUUCAUGAUGAGCGGGGGCUUUUGGCAAUCUAUUUUGAAGACCAGCAGAAUGCCAGAUGUCAAGGAGAGGUGUAACAACCGAAUGAAGUCUCUAACUAAACUUUUCCAACCGUUUCUCCCUCCCAUGGCCUACAUAACCAUCGCUCUGUUGAAAGGGGACUUCUUCGUGUGUUUAACUGUUGGCUCGCCAAAUGAGUCGUGCCACAGAAAUCCUAGAGAGAGUGAUAUUUCAAAGACACUACACGAUCAGCGGUCUCUCCUUAAAGUUCACAUGCAGUCCCAGAUCCUUGGUUUUGGCAUCCUAAUCGCGGCCACUCUGUUUUCGCUCGGUCUCAUUUGCAUUCGGAGAUGUUGCUUCGAAGACGAAGUACUUCCGAACAAUGACGACUACGACGAGCUCGAGAAAGAGGUACUUGGACGUUUGUUCCGCGAGAGACUGUACAUAGCGGUUGAGGAAGAUACGAAAAAGAGGAUUAAUGACGCGUUCCAAAUAAAGACACAUAGAGAUGUGCGAGACACGUUUCACAGGGCUAAGGAGGCGCUGACGGCUGCCAAUCAGUCUGAUAACCGAAACGGACGAUACAAUCGAUUGAAUAUUGAUGAUGAUGACGCUGAGCUUCAGCUCAUGGACUCCACUCACUUGUAAUGCAUGUGAACGAUUUGCUAAUUCUCCUGAUGAAACUUGCGCUAGAAAUAAAGUGAGCUUGAAAUCAUUUAAAAGCUAACAUCAAGUUAUCAUAACAGCCAAUAAGCGGGUGACCAAGUCAAGACUGGUUUAACUUUGCAUCUGAUUGGUUCAAAGGGUGACGAGUUUUUGAGACAGGUGGAGUAUUGGACCACAUUCUACUUUUCUAUUGAAACUACUCCCGAGGGAUGAUAAAACUGUAGAAGGUCGUUUUAAGAUUGAUUUACGCUUUACGGUCAUUGUUUUCCAUAGUGAAAAACUGCUGUUUUGCGGGAUAGAUUCUUGGCUUGUUCGCCAUAACAUGUGAGGACUGAAACUUACACGCUAGUUUAUUUCCCCGAAAUUAUCUUAGAUUGUACAUCAGUAAAUUAUUUAAUAAAAUGUUGUACUGU